UUGCUGCCCAAUUUAGCAAGGAUAUGGGGAUGUUCUUGAAUGCCAGAGCAAAAGAACUUGCAGAGGGAAGCAUGAUGGUGCUAAUCAUUCCUUCUAUUCCUGAUGGGGUCUCUCCGUCAAAUGUACCAAUCGGGAUAUUGCUGAAUCAUUUAGGGUCGUGCCUCAUGGACAUGGCAAAAGAGGGAUUAAUAUGUGAAGCACUUGUGGACUCUUUCAACAUUCCAUUGUACUGUGUAACGCCCAAGGAGCUUACACAGCUUAUAGAACAAAGUGGGUGUUUUAGCAUUGAAAGAAUGGAUCCUACAGAUUGCGAAUUCGACCCUGAUAAUCAACCUACUGAAUACACAAUCAUGAUGCAUUUCAAAUCUGGGUUAGAACCAGUCAUUACCAAACACUUUGGAGCUGAGAUUGUUAAUGAAUUGUUUGAACGGUUCCUCGAGAGAAUGCAUGAAGCUACGCCCUCGUUAUUUUCAAGCAAUGGAAAAGGAUCUCAAUUAACUGUUAUUCUGAAACGAAAAUCGCUAUAAUCAAAAGCUAUCAUAUCAGCAAUUAGCAGUGCAGCUUUUGUUAUACAUACCAGAAAACUGACUAAUAAAUGUUGUUAAACAUUCAAAUUAUCAGUACCCAUUAUU